AUGUCAGAUGAAGAAGCUUUACCUGCACCCGAAGACGAACCAGUGUCGAUUCCAAUCAAAAGUGUAAAAUGGACAGAUAACGCCAGCUCACAGAAGGUCAUAAGCAAUCUGGAAAAAUUUGUGAUCAACCAAAACCUAGACAAAAGCUACAAGAAAAUUGCUAGUGAUGGGAUAUCCAGCAGCAAACGAACGUUGGAAUCACUUCUGGCUCGUAACGGCGGUCACCAGAAUCUUCUUAACGAAGAAAUGAGCAACAAGAACAAUAAAAACUACACAUUAGAUGCGAAUGGUCGAGUUUGUCUUGUCAAAAAUUCCCCGAACGAAACAAGCAGGCAUCAGGAACUCGUUCUCCUCCAAAAAGAUACUGACGAAUUGCGAUGUCUCCGAGAGUAUCUGAUGCUGGCUCUCGAAACAAUAAUGCAAAAUCAUCGGCAAAUGAUGGUGAAUUAUGUGAAGAAAGUCAGAGAACGGCCACGACAGAUCCCACAGUCCACUAUUGACAGCGCCAUGGAAAAAGCCAAUACCCAAAUCAUCAAUGAUUUUGCUCAAAUCACAUUAGCCGUCGACGAAUCGAUUGCUCGCGAAGAAAUAAGAUCGGAAAACCGCCGAAAACUUAAGAAAUCCAUCGAAGCUGAAACUUUUCUUAUGAAAAUGAUGUUGAAUAUGGAAGAUAUUCGCGAAGCGAACGUUAGCGACUUGGUAGCUUUAUGGAGAAGCCACCUGCGCCCGCCCACUGAUAAAUCAGAACCGACCCAAGCUGCUGGAGAUUCAUCAUUUUAA